CACUUUUUGAAUGUUGUCCUAAUUUUUAUCUUAUUAAAGCUAAUCGUUUAUCUAACCGGUUAAUCGUAUUCAAUCUCUCGAUGCAAUUCAUGUUGUUUCCACUCUUCAUCUUAUUAAAGCUUUAGUAACCGUCUAAGUUUACUCUCAUGUACUUUUAACCGGAUAAAGUAACAUACCAGAAACAACCGUUUAAGCCUAGAUGACCUGGCACGCUUCAGCAACCGUCUAAGUAUUUUUUCCAUGGACUGUUAACCGGAUAAUGUAACAAUUCAAGAACAUUGUGUAAGUCUAUUUUCAUGUAAGUUGUUCUAAUUUUUUAUCUUAAUAAAGCUUUAGCAACCGUCUAAGUCUAUGUCAUGUACUUUUAACCGGACAAUGUAGCAAAUCAGAGACAAUGUAAGUUAUUUAAACGGAAACUUGAAUGAACGGCUAAACUUGAAUGACCGGCUAAAGUCUAUAUAGCCAUCUAAGACGCUUAUUAAUUGCAACUUAACCGUCUAAGUUGUAGAACAAGAAAUGCAGUUAUCCGUCCUAGUGACACAAACAAGACAAAUCAUGAAAUAACUCGUUGCUAGACAAACACAAAUAUAAAAGGGGAGGGGAAUGCUUUAUUUAUGAUUACAAUACGAACUCAUAAUCGGGCUAUACCGAUAGUCAUACAAGGCUACUCUUACAUAAUUGGGCUAUACUGAUAUAAACAGCUUAUAUAUAUAUAUAUUUUCUAAUGAUUACAUGCAUGGAAUGAUUAAAAAUCGCUUCAGCUUCUUACGUAAAAGGAAAGGCGAUAGGGGUAAUGCUGUCUUUUUGCACCCAAUACAACUGGGCCUUGCCCUUGGGCCUUCCAUUUUUCCAUGGACGCAAAUAUUGCCAUCUUACUAGAAUUUCUACGCAAAUCGCUCUAGUGUAAUUUAGUAUUUAUAUCUACUACUGAAUUUAUCAUUAUUUAUUCAAAAAGUAAGCAUGGUUACUGGGUGUUCAUGUUAUAGGGGAACUGAAUCUGAGUAUUAGGCAAAAGAUGGAUAGUGCGAGAAUAAAUGAUCCAUUAGCAUCUGAUUAGUGAAUGGUUAGAGAAGGUAAAAAUACUCAAUGAGAUAUUGGACAUGUAAGGCUAAAGUGCUUCAAGUAUUUGCUGCUAGUACUUGAAUGAAACUGUGUUAAAAGUUAUUAGCUAGUAGCUUCAGUACUAGCUAGUAGGUAGUACAUAACAACAAAUUUUCUGAUCAUCAGAAUAUAGCACAAUGAACAAGACUUGUUGAGGAUGUUGCUUCAAAUGUCCUCAGAACAUUGCAUUUGAUGCUGGAAUUAUAGGUUUGAUAUCUGAAGAAUCAACUUCUUACAUUAAAACCAUAGCGAUGAUUGAUAAAUGAUAAUCCCCUCGGUGUAGUAUCUCUUUUGGGCUCAUAAAAAUGAUGAAUGAUGUAUGUUACUUGGAUUAGCCUUUUGUAGUUUAUGAGAUGUUCUUAUUGUAGUUUAUCCCUAUAUAUUAAUUGAGAAUCAUAUAAAAAUAGUAACAUUAUAGUUUGUAAUAUUUACAAAUUAAGCUUGCUGAUGUGUCACUUAAUUAUAAUUCAAUUUUGCUAAUAUGGCAUGAUUAGAAGCAAUUGGAAAACUAGUUAAUCCAAUAUCAAUUUGUUAGGAAACUUAACUUUAACUCAUAAACUAGAUUUUGAUCCGCGCUUUUAAAACGCAUGAUUAAUUAUUUUCUAAACAUAUAUUUUAUAACAUAUAACUAUUUGGUUGUUAUUUUUCUUGUAUCAUUUUCUUUAGUUUUAAUUUAUAUGAAGAAUUAUAUAAUGUUGUGAUUAGUAUGUAUAUAUAAGUAAUAGUUGGUUUUGUUUGUUUUUUUGUAAUCGAUUUUGUUUAUUUUAGUGAUCAUUGUUCUUAAAUACGUUUUGUGGUAUAGAGUAAUUUUUUGAUUUAGCAUAGCAAUUUUCGAUUAGAACUAAUAUUGUCAGAUAUUAGUACUGGUAUUUUUUACAAAAAAAAAUACUAAUAUUCCAAGAUUAUACAAUAUUGUUUACGUUUCAAAAAUUAUGGACUUAAUAGAAUUAAUUGUCAAUACAAAAUAAAAAAAUUAAAGAUAUUAGUAUAUAAAUUAGAUAGUGUAAUUAUAUACUUGGACUUGGGUCAAAUUAUAAAUAGAGAUAAGUUUUAGGGGUGGACGAAGGCGGGUACUUAUUUUUUUAGAUAUACUUGAUACUUGGUUUGCCUUGAACGAACAAUGAAUUUUUCGACUUGUACUUGACUUGUCGGAAACAAGUACUUGUUAUUUCAAGUACUUGUUCAAAAAUAUGUUACUUGCAAGUUACUUGUCUUGUUCGAUUACUUGCUACUUACAAGUAAUAAAUAAACUUAUUUAUCUCAAAUAUCAUUGGUCAAUUAGAAAUAAUUAAUGAAAACAUAAAUACAUUUCAAUUAUUUUCUUAAUAUGUAUGAAAAAUGUCUAAAUGACACUUAUAAUGAAACAGAGGGAGUAAUAUUUUCUAAAUUUUUUUAUGCUCCAUGAAUAUUAUUGUACAGUAUAACCUCUUUAAAUUAAUACUCUAUAAAUUAAUAUACACUAAAAAUCUCUAUAAAAUAAUAUAAUUUUAUAGUUCUAAAUUGAGUUUUUGGUUCAAUUAGUAUAUCGAUAAAUUAAUAUCUAUAUAAAUUAAUAAAAAAAUUAUAGUUUUGGUGUAGUCGCAAUAUUAUUAAUUUAUAAAGGUUUCACUAUAGUUCUCUUAAUUACUAUCGAUAUAUGAAUUACUAUUUGAAGAUUAGUUUAGUUUUUUUGACCAAAAAUAAAAUUAGUAACUACUACUAUUUUAUUUUAUUUAAAAUAUUUUUUUCUGUAAUUACUACUAUUUUUAUUUAUUUAGUUUUUAUCUUUUUAUUUUAAAAACAUAAUAUAACUUGAGAAUAUUUUGUUUCUUUUUUAAAAGAUAUCAAAUACGAAAUAACAUAAUCGUAUUGGUUGGUGGACCCUAGGGGUGAACCCAAUAAUAAGUCCCUAAUUAACAACCAUGUUUUACAUGCUCUAUUUUAUAGCUACCUAAUUAAUUAAUUAAUUAAUUAGUAAUAAAGGUUGAUUAAUUUGGCAUUAUCAAACAAAUGGGUUAGAGCACCUCCAGCCGUAUAGGAAUGAAGACAGUAUCUACAAAAUAAAUAAAAAAUGUAAAAUAAGAAAAAAGUUGAAGUGAGAGAGAGAGAGAGAGAGUAAAAGGUCCUCUGCCACCAUUGUUUUAGAAACUCUUUGUAUAUUAGUAAGGGCAUCUGCGUUGGAGUAUCAAGAGGAGAGGUUCACACAGUUCCCCCAAAAAAAUAUAAAUAGCCAUUUAUUAUGAACAUGUAUCACAAAAGCUCCCCACUAUGAACCCGUAUCAACACUGUUCCGCGGCCCCACGGCACAUGGCGGCCCGCAAAUGGUUCGGCUACUGAUUUUUUUUUUCUAAAGUCAAACUAAAAAAAUUAAAAUAAUCAAAAAUAUACAUUGAAAAUCGAGAGACUGGUGGAGUUUGCUGAUGGGGGUGCUCUAAAUGUCAAGUUAUUAGCACUUGAGCUUUUAAAUAUAAACAAAAUUAAUUACAUAAAUAAAGUUUAGUUAAAAUAAUAACAUAAAAGCUGUAAGAAAGUGUGGUGGGGCUCCAAACCGUUGGAGGUGCUCUAACACUAAGUUGCCAUCAAAAGUGUGUCUGUUAAUCUUUUAUAGAGUCGAGGACUCAAAGUGAGACUAACUUUGUCAAAGAUGGCGGUAAACGUGAUCAAGAUCUCCCGGAUCAGCCCUGAAACCAACUCGGUCGAACCUCUCAUCCUCCCACUCACUUUCUUUGAUCUUUUGUGGAUAAAGAGCAGCCCCACCAAGCGAGUCACCUUCUAUAGACUCACCGAGUCAUCUCACGACGCCUUCUACUCGGUGAUCCUCCCUAAACUCGAGCGAUCUCUUUCCCUCACCCUCACGCACUUCCUUCCACUCUCCGGUCACCUCAAGUGGAACCCACAAGAUCCUAAGCCACACAUCGUUGUCUUCCCGGAAGACACUGUGUCUCUCACAGUGGCCGAGUCUAGCGCUGAUUUCUCUCGCAUCUCCGACAAAGGGCUUCGUCCUAAGGCUGAGUUACGCGCUUUGGUGCCCGAGUUACCAGUUUCCUCUGACUCUGCGUCUGUCCUGUCUCUCCAGAUCACUCUCUUCCCGAACCAAGGCUUCUGCAUAGGUUCCGCAGACCACCAUGCGCAUGCCGUCAUGGACGGACAAACGGCGGCAAAGUUUUACAAAUCAUGGGCUCAUAUCUGUAAAUAUGGAACCAUACAACAAGAUUCUCAUUUACAUCGUUCGAUCAUCAACGUUCCAGCUGGACUUGAACCAAAGAUCCUCGAACUUAUGUCGUAUCUCGACAAAGAUAACGCAAGAAGCCUAAGACUGUCUCCUUUCAAAGAGGUCGAUGACGACGUUGUCCGGAUCACGCUAGAGAUAAAUCAAGAAAACGUCCAUAAACUUAAGGAGAGAGCCAAGAACGAGUCAACGUACUCUGCUGAUCUUCACUUGUCAACGUUCGUAGUCACGUUCGCAUAUGUAUGGACCUGCAUGGUGAAGACGCGUGGAGGCGAACCAGAUCGACCGGUUCGGUUUAGGUACGCUGCUGAUUUCAGAAACCGGUUAGACCCGCCGGUUCCUGAGACCUACUUCGGAAACUGUGUCGUAUCCGUCGUUUUAGAUGAAUACAAGGCGAAGAUGUUUUUGGGAGAAGAUGGUUUCGUUAAUGGCGUCAAGAUUCUAAGCGAUUCGGUCAAAGGUUGCGGUUCAAGAGGAGUUGAGUCAAUAUGGGAGCAGUACGAGGAAGGAAAAAAGAACUUCAAGAUGGGUACACAGGCGUUAUCUGUUAGCGGGUCUAACCAGUUUGGGAUGUACGGGUAAGAUUUCGGGUGGGGAAGACCCGUUAAUACCGAGGUUAUGUCCAUUUACGGGAACAAUCAGAUCUCUAUGUCGGCAAGGAGGGAUGGAACUGGUGGCGUCGAGAUUGGCGUCUCUUUGAAGAAAUGUGAGAUGGAUGUUUUUAUUUCUCUUUUCACAAAUGGACUAGACAACUGAGUAAAAUUGAUCCUGACUAUGCAUAUUUUUUCAUUGCUAUGCUAUGGUGUUCUGAUUGAUUAUAUAUAAAUAUGGUGGAUUAUAUAUUUUUGCGGGAGGUUUUAAGAAACGGUAACUAGUAAUUGUCGAGAGAUAUUUUUUUGGAUUCUCAAAAAUUAUUGGGUAGUGAGAGAAUAUCCCCAAUCGGUCUUGAUGGUAUUGUAAAAUUGUUGUCACCCAUAUAUUUUCUUUCAUACCAGAAUUAGACGCAUUAAAUGAUUGUCAAGAUACUUCAUAAUGUGCAUUUAGAAAUAAAUUUAACGGUAGCACAAAAAAAAAGAAAAAGAAAUAAAUUAUAACGUUAUUGCAAUAUUUAAAGUUAAAUAACAUUGGGGUUGACUCAUUUUCUAUGGCAAUUCAUUUUUAUGCAUGUAAAAUUAUUAUAUCGAUGAAAUAUGAUCAAAUUACUUUCAUUUCUUUGAUUUAUUUUGUCAAAUGUAUAAAGAUAUGUUGACCAAAUCUGAUCGGAAAUUGUUGUCACCAUUUUCUCUAUACAUAUAUUGUUGUCACCAUUUUCUCUAUAAUACGAUUAUGAAGAAGGUUUCAAGAAAUUAAGGUAUGACGACACGGGGAGGCUUUUUGGUGCAACAACAAAUCUGAAGAUCGGGACCUCCAUCUACACAUUCUCUUACAUAACUAUUUUUGGCUUUGCAAAAUGCUUUGCAACCCGAACAUGCAUUCACAAAGUUACAUAGUUCGUUCUCGUCAUCGCUCGACGAGCUCACUUGUCCUGUCACUAAUCAAUAAUGUAACCAUAUAUCAUAUAUUAUUAUUACUAUAACUCAGUUUUUGUAUUUAAAUGUAUAAAAAUGACUUACGUAAGAUGAAAGGGAAGAGAAUAGUUGAUAUCAUAAGGAACAAUGUCCCAUAAACAUGUGAAAGUUUCUUGAUAUUCAUCAUUUUCGUUAGAUAUUAUGUUAGUUUAUGCUUUUUUGGUUGUUUAAAGAUUUUUGAAGAAGUUUUUGUAUGCUCCUUAUAUAUAUAGUUUUUGACGGGGCAGAAAAAUUUACAAUUAAUUAAACAAAAGCCAAGAGACCAAUUUCUUUCCAUACAAUUUUAUCUUGAAUAGUCGUGGUAAAAAUGUAUCUUUCCAAAAUUGCAACUAUUUAAUUUUUCGAUCUUCUUAUUGACUUGCUUUUUUGGGGUCAACUAUUGACUUGUUUAUUGAGAGUAUUGUUAUUCAAAGUUCAAACUUUUUGUCAAGAUUUAGAAGUUCGUUCAUGUAAAUUUGGAUAACUAAAACCACAACGUUUCUUCUGUGGAUGUCUUUGUCUGCUAAAAGCCUAAAAGCUAACUAUGUUGACUUACUGUAACUUACUAGUAGUCAAAAUAUUAAAAACCCAAUUGAACAGAUGUCCGGCGCCUCGGUUGUCUAAGAGCUCACUCAUUUGAUUUUUCUUCGGCGUUGGAUUUGGACUUAGGUGAAGUCUGUUUUGUUCGUUGGUUUUAUUAGGUGUAUGUCUUGUAUAAUUUUAGUUGUGCGUUUAUUUUUGUCUGGGUUGUGGUUUCGGGUGGUUGUCCGGCUACUGGCUUCUGUGAUAUACUGAUAUUAUUAUGUAUCAGUUAGCCUUUGAUUUUUUUUGUUGUAGUUUGUUCAGUGUUUAGUGAUAUAUAAUCCAUAGAUCAAAAAAAAAAUUAACAGUAGAGUCGAAUCAAAUUUGACUGAUAGCUUUUUUUUAUAACUAAAGCUAAUUAACACUAUACGCGUGAGCUGUGUUACAAAAAGAAAUAACGUAUGAUAAUGUAAUUCUAUAUAAAUUAUACCAUUUAUUAAAAAAAAGAAAAAAUCAAAUUAUCAUAAAAAUAAAUAGAAUAAGAUGGUACAUAUACAAAGUUAUACACUGAUAAAGAUAUAUUUAUAUAUUUUCUUAAUUUUAUACUAUUUCCUUAUAAAUUAUUAUUACAUCUUUUUUUUGAAUAUUUUUUUUUUAUUUCUGUUUGAAUUAUGUUCACUUUUAUCAUUUAGAUAUUCAUAAAAAAUUGUUUGGAAUAAAAUUUAGGGUUAUUUUUACGAAUAGCUUCUACUUAAGCUAUUUUCUCAAAAAAAAAUCUUUCUACGUAAGCUAAGAGAUGAGGUUCGACCUCUGAAAGAUGAUGUGUUGCUUUUUCGGCGACACCCCCAACACCGGAAAGCUUCAAUUAUUAUGUUGCCGCGUCUCUGUUCUCCAUUCCAUUUAAUUAACGAAGAAGAAACUUAUGAACAAAUUUCAGUCGUAGUGUUAACAUGGCUGUAAACUGAACAGUGAUCAUGUUAGAUUAUGAAACAUAAAACUUUAUAUAAAAAGUUAUUUGACGAUAAGAUUUAAGAAUGUGACAUUAUUAGAAGAAAUAUAUGAUGAAAUGAAUUUAUGAUGUUUAUUCUAUUCUUGUUAAAUGUAAGCUUUGACAUUUUUAUUUAAUAUAAUACGAUAGAACCAAAAUGGAACACAUUCAAUCUUAUAUUAUGAUUACGAAGAAGGAGCUUCAAUGGGACCAUAAUAUGAUGGAGGCGGACUUUUUUUGCAACAACAAAUUAUACGAUCGGAUUUGGAGUUUUCUUGUAUACAUAAUGCUCCAUAAGUUGACUCGCACUCGGCUUUGCAUUCAGAACAUGAUGUGCUCAAACCCGAACAUAUAUAUGAGCAUUUGAUACGAACUUUUUUUUUUUUUUUUUUUUUUUUUGUUAAAGGGUUUAUUUGAUACGAACUUGCUUGUCCUGUAUUUGAUUUUCAAAAAUGAAAAUGUAACUAUGCAUUCAAAGAUCAUCACAAUAAUUCAGUUUGUAUAAAUCUUAUAAAACAAAUGACUUACGUGACAAGAAAAAUAAGAAAAUGGUUGAUAUCAGGAGGAAAGAUGCUCCAGCAUGUGAAGAUUUCUUGCUUUCCAUUUUCCGCAUAUAUGUAGUUUCUUUUUAUAAUAACUUUUGAGUUGGUUGUAAAUGAUUUUUAAAGUCUUGCAUGCUCCUUAGUUAGUCUUUAUAUAUAAAGUUUGGUCAAACAAACAUAACAAAAAUUAAUGAAACAAAGUCGAGGCACACAUUUGUUUCCAUACAAUUCAGUUUGGGUCUUAUUUAUUCUUGUUAUAUGGAAACCAAUUAUGCCCUUAAUUAAACAACAAAUUAAAGUAGUUACACAAAUGAUUUAUAGAAAUCACGAAAUAAUCUCGUUCCAGAAGGGUAAUAAAAAUUUGACUUGUAAUUAAUUUGUUAAAAAGAAGAAUAUUUAUGAAUUUUAGUAUUUAUUAAAAUAACGGAUUAUAAAAUAAUUGUCUAUUCAAUUACUUGUUAUUUGUAAAUACUUGCACAUUAUUUAAUAAAUUAUUUAUCUAUUUUACAUGUAUAAUAUUUUUAGUAUAGUCGAUAUAUUUUAUAAUUUUUUGUAUCAUAAUUAGAGAUGAGCACAUGGAAAAUAGCCAUUAUUUUGGUUGCACUUGUUACUAUAUCCGCGUCCACUUUAUACAUACAUGAUUUGCUAAUACGGCCAGAAAAUACUAAAUAUCUGCCCAGAUUUUAUUUACUUACAAGUAGUUUGGUUUACAUUGUUAUUCUAUUGAAAAUUAAAAAAAAAAACUGAAUAUCACGAAACAAGUUUUUUAUUUAUAAAAAAGUUUUAUUUA